AUGGAUCCCUCUUCCUCGGGCGCCUCUGCUGGAGCCCCGCCUGCGACCAUGCCCUCUCGCUCGCCUCGGACGCUUGUACUUUGUUUCGAUGGGACUUCAAACGAGUACAGCACGGCCAAUACGAACGUGGUCAAGUUCGUGUCGUUGCUGUCGAAGGACGAGGACAAGCAGCUUGUUUACUAUCAGGCCGGCGUCGGGACAUAUUUCCAGCCGGGUUUCGUCUCGCCACUCUUCUCUUGGGGCGCCAAGAUGCUUGACGAAGCCGUGGCAUUCUACCUUCCCGAGCACGUCAUGCAAGGAUACAAGUUCCUUAUGCAGAACUACCUCGUCGGCGACCGUGUCUGCCUAUUCGGCUUCUCUCGUGGUGCAUAUACAGCUAGAGCGCUAGCAGGUAUGCUGCACAAAGUUGGCCUACUUUCCCGCGACAACGACGAACAGAUACCAUUCGCAUACGACGUCUACAAGUCAGAUCGGACUAAGGAUGCAGAACUCGCUGCGGGUUUCAAAGAGGCAUUCUGCCGUGAAGUGCCUAUAGAGUUCGUGGGGGUCUGGGAUACGGUGGCAAGUGUGGGCAUCAUCAGCAUGCGCAGCUUGCCAUUCGUUCAGACCAAUACUACGAUACGCACGUUCAGGCAGGCCUUGUCACUCGACGAGCAUCGCGCCAAGUUUAGACCAAGCCACUACAACCGACCAGGCGUCGCUAGGAAAGCUCCGAGCUGGCUGGAUAAGCUGAAAGACAGGCUCUUCCAUCAAUCAACGUCCACCACUGGGCAUGCUUCCCUUGCGUCCAAGGACCCGUUGCAGACACCGCCGGCCUCUUACAAGACUGCGGGAUCCGAGCGCUUUGAUAUCAUAACGGAUGCGAAGGAAGUAUGGUUUGCUGGUUGCCACACUGAUGUCGGUGGAAGCUCUACGCCCAAUAGUGCUGAGUGCUCACUUGCUGAUAUUCCAUUACGCUGGAUGGUUCGUGAGGUGAUCAAGUCGCAGUGCGGUGUAGUCUUUGACGAUACCGCGUUUGUGCGAAUGGGGUUCCCGCGCCAGCUGCUAAACAUCUUCGAUGAGAAGACUCCGGACGAGACGCGCGAUAAACUGGACGCUGUGCAACCUAUGCACGACCAACUCAAGGCGAACCCGGUUUGGUGGCUCCUCGAGAUCGUGCCCACCAACUUCACCUAUCAGUCCGUCGUGACCAAUCAAUGGGUCAGCAAAUGGAGCAUACACCUCGGUCGCGGGCGUUUCGUUCCACCGGACGUGCAGUUCCACGAGAGUGUCAAGUACCGCAUGGACGAUAGCGCCCUUAAGAUCGUUUCCUGUCCUGCCACCACCACCGUGCAAGGAAGGGGUCCUCUGCCCGUACCCAUAGUGUGCGGCUUGCGCUAUUACCUCCGCGCGUUCGAUUCCUUUCGCGUGAUCAUGGUUGUUGUUCAAUCCAAUGUUCUCGGUGGUACCGUCGACCUUUCAACGGCAUACGGCUACCCUCUCGUUCUUCACUCCUCCAAGAUGCAUGAAGCAUCGGAAGAAGCUCUCCGAGAUCCCGCGGAUGCUUUACCUCCGGAGAUAAUGGGGUAUAUAUUUCUAUGGCUUUCUCGCAUGUGGCCGCCUUCGUCAAAUCGCUCUCUCGGCUGGAUGGCUGCCUCCCACGUGGCAUCACGAUGGAGAAACAUUACCAUAUCUACACCGGUUUUAUGGGCGCACAUUCACUACGACCUACCUCUCGCCCUACAAAUGGAGAUGGUAGCGCGAGCGCGCGAGGCUCCGAUUUAUUGGACAGUCCCAGCCCAUGUACAUCCUCCGCUCUCGGCUCGUCUGUCAGCCAUCGAUGAUCUAUUCGAUUUGGGUCUGUGGUGGCAGGCUGGGAAUGAACAAGAGCCUAUUGAGGUACCCGGUGCUGUCCCCAACGCCGAAGGCUUCAUGCAACAGCUGGAGAUGGAGCCAUUGCCGCCUCUCGUUGACCCUGCCUUUUUCGCGAACGAUGAUGAAGACGAGACCGACGACGAGACCGAGAGCAGUGAUGACGAUGACGGCAACGCCAUCCCAAUGGGUCCAGGUGUCCAACCGCCAGCGGGUCUCCCAGCGUGGGGUUUCAUCGCCCAGGCUCUUCAAGCGAUAAAUGCUGCACAGGAGCCCCAGGGCCCUCUCCCUGCAGCACCACUUGCUGUACCCGAACUGGCGGGCCUUGGCUCCGCGGCUUCCAAGAAAAAACGGGGCAAGACUUCGGACGAGCUCAUCCUGGAUCAUGCCGGCCGUUUAUUACUGGCCGGCAUCUCUUGCUCCGCAAGGUUUCUCUUGAUGUUGCUUCAAGAGCCAGAGGCUCUCGAGACCCUUCGGGCUUCAUCAGCGACCGUCGAUAUUACCGCAGUGAAGUCCGCACAGGACCUUCGCGAUUUGACGAAACCGGCCAGCGCCAAUGCCGACCUACUAGCUUCCUCUCUGCGGAGCUUAAGCAUCACAUACGCUGAGCCCUUCUCCGACAUCAAAUUCACAUCGACCCCGCCUGACAUGUGGAUGCGUCUUUCCGGCCUCACGCACCUACAAAUGGCCUUCCACGCCGGGUUCCCUGGCCUUGAUUGCAUAGCUGCAUUGCAGAAUCUCCCUUCACUCAUCGUGUUGGAGCUUCGCGCGUUCCACUCUCGCCUCUCGGUUAGCGUCUCACCCCCAGACAGUCAGCCCAGCACCCUACAUCGAGUGCAGCUACCCGCUCUGGAGGAGUUGACGAUAGAAGAUCGCGAUUUAGGCCAACAGAUGUCCUUUGUACUGCUAUCGCAUCUGGUGCUUCCUUCUUCUACACGCGUCCGUCUAUUCAUGACAGACGAAGCGACCUCCUUCCUUCACGCGGUUUACUCUGGUCGCCUGGCCAUCCCAUGCAUCGAUGUACAGAUACUGGAUAUCUUCUUCGACUGCAAGGUACUUCGUAUCAACGGCUGGUUGGGAGAGCAUUCGUAUAAACAAGGAGAGCGCGGCGCACAGCUAUCCAUCACUGUCAACUCGGGAUGGAACCAUUUCGACAAUAGACGCCCCUACGUGCAGAAAAGGUCGGAUUGGUUUGGCGAGACUCUGCGGAGCAUGGCACUGCAGAGCAUCUCAACCCUCCGAUUAAAGCUAUCCGGUGACAAAAACGCGGCGAUAUCAGACUGGGCCUGGGUGGCUCAAUGCUCGUCCUUGCGGGAGCUGAGCGUGGACGUCAAGACCAAGACAUCCGCUAUCACCGGAGAGGCGCUCCGCGACCUGCUUGCGGAGUCGGACGUACGCAAUGGAAUACAUUGCGAGCUACAGAUUCUUCGCCUGCAAGGCUAUAUGCUGCGUAGUGGAGCGGACGAAGCCCUCGUACGAUGGCUCAGGCGGCGCAAAGCUGCAGGUGCCCAAUUAUCGCUUGUCACGAUCGAUGACCCAUCGAAUGCAAAGCUCCAAGAUCUGCGCCGAGAAUGGGUGAGUCGCAUGAACCGAUACGUUGAGCACCUAGAUUGCGAUUUCGGAUGGGGUUGGUAG